UAUGGGUGGGUACGGGUGGGUUCUAAACCCUCGUGGGUAUGUGGCCAUGGGCUGUGGUUCAGUGGCCAUCUCGUCGUCUUAGAGAGAACACUCUACCCACUCCCUAUCCACCUUUAGAUCGUCCCACACCCGGGUACCCACACUCCUGCAACCAUGAAUGAAGAACUGGACGAGGAGAAGAUGGCCAUGCUUCGCAAGGCCUUCGCCAUGUUUGACAGCGGCAAGACUGGCAAGAUUGAGAAAGAAAAAAUUCGUACCAUUCUGAACACACUUGGUGCUAACUACAUCAAUGAGGAAUUGGAAGCUCUCUUACAGGAUAAUGAUUUGGAAGGUACUGGCAAACUGGAUUUCGACUCAUUCGUGCGUGUGGUUGGGCACUUCCUGGAGGAACAGGACGAGGAGGCCAUGCAGAAGGAGCUGAAGGAGGCCUUUAGGCUGUAUGAUAAGGAAGGUAAUGGAUUCAUCCCGACAGCGGCACUGAAGGAGAUUCUAGGUGCCCUAGACGACAAACUCUCUAGUGCUGAUCUAGACAACAUUGUUGAUGAAAUUGAUGAAGAUGGAUCAGGAACCGUUGACUUUGAUGAAUUCAUGGAGAUGAUGACUGGUGAUUAGUCGGCCCAUCAGGCCAAUCAUAAACCAGCCUUCCUGACUAAUCAGAAGCCAGCCUUCCUGACCAAUCAGAAGCCAGUCUUCCUGACCAAUCAGAAACCAGCCUUCUUGACCUAUCAGAGGUCAGCCUUCCUGGCCAAUCAGAAGCCAGCCUUUCUAACCAAUCAGCUAACAGCUUUUCUGACCAAUCAGAAGCGAGCAUCUGCCUCCAGCAGCAAGUCUUUUUGAUCAAUCAGAAGUCAGCCUUCCUAGCCAAUCAGAAGCCAGCCUUUCUAACCAAUCAGAAGUCAGACUUCCUGACCCAUCAGAAGUCUCCAAGAUUCUGAUCCCAGCCCAUCAUAAGAGGAAUCAGGUCCAAGAUCGGAGACCCUUUCGCUCUAAGAGUCGAAAAUCUGAUUGGUCAGCCCUUUCGAGGGGUCUUUAAGGGGAAUCUUUCAAGGGGUGUUUUAAGGGGUCUUUCAAAGGGUCUUUCAAAGGGUCUUUCAAAGGGUGUUUUAAGGGGUCUUUCAAGGGGAAUCUUUCAAAGGGUGUUUUAAGGGGUCUUUCAGAGGGUCUUUCAAAGGGUCUUUCAAAGGGUGUUUUAAGGGGUCUUUCAAGGGGUCCUUCAAAGGGUCUUUCAAAGGGUCUUUCAAGGGGAAUCUUUCAAGGGGUCUCUUAAGGGGUCUUUCAGGGGGUCUUUCAAGCCCCCCUCGUCCACUGCUUCACAACUAACUGGCUCGUAGCUCCCAUUUUCCUACCCUUAACACUUAACCCUUUAACUCUUAACCCCUUAACCCCUUAACCCUUAAUCCCUUAUCGUUAUCCCCCUUCCCUCACUCCUUUGGAAAACACUAUACACACAUAAGUGAAGAUUUUACAUUUUUCAGUGUAUAUACACUGAGAGGUGUAUGUCUGUCAGUGUAUAUACACAGAGAGGUGUAUGUCUGUCAGUGUAUAUACACUGAGAGGUGUAUGUCUGUCAGUGUAUAUACACUGAGAGGUGUAUGUCUGUCAGUGUAUAUACACAGAGAGGUGUAUGUCUGUCAGUGUAUAUACACUGAGAGGUGUAUGUCUGUCAGUGUAUAUACACUGAGAGGUGUAUGUCUGUCAGUGUAUAUACACUGAGAGGUGUAUGUCUGUCAGUGUAUAUACACUGAGAGGUGUAUGUCUGUCAGUGUAUAUACACUGAGAGGUGUAUGUCUGUCAGUGUAUAUACACUGAGAGGUGUAUGUCUGUCAGUGUAUAUACACUGAGAGGUGUAUGUCUGUCAGUGUAUAUACACUGAGAGGUGUAUGUCUGUCAGUGUAUAUACACUGAGAGGUGUAUGUCUGUCAGUGUAUAUACACUGAGAGGUGUAUGUCUGUCAGUGUAUAUACACUGAGAGGUGUAUGUCUGUCAGUGUAUAUACACUGAGAGGUGUAUGUCUGUCAGUCUAUAUAAACGUUAAUAACCCCGGUGUAGUAGAUAGACUUUAAACCUUGUAAGCCAAUAACUAACACACACACACAGUCACAAUACUCUGGCUACCACAAUUACCAACUAACAGUCAAAAUACCGUAUCUACCACAAUUCACAACUGAGCCACAAUACCCUGGCUACCACAAUUCACAACACUCACACAUUAAGGAGUGGCUACUCUAGACGACGUUUCCCUCGGUCUGGGACUACUAUCAAGCUACAACACAUUUCGGUCUUGGACCAAAAAUCUGCAAAGGCCAAAAUUGAUUUCAGAUGAAAAAAAAAUCGCCUUAAGAUGGAUUUGUGUACAAAAUAUGACCGAAUUUGUAUAAUAAAUAAAGGAAUCAUGA